UAGUUGAACAGCCACCCUAGUGAGUAUUGUAGUAGGGAAGUACUCGUUAGCGCACCGACUCCGCGAGCAUCCACUCGUCUCUGUUGCGUACGAGAUCUGGAAGACCGAGGAGGAGAGUUCAUUCCGCUACAGUCAUCCAUGGCUCUGUGCAACGGAGAAACCAAGCUGGACAUCAGCAGCGUUGAGCCUCAGAAUGGUUCAUGUGAGGGGGCGGUGGUCAUCCUGGACGCCGGGGCUCAGUACGGCAAGGUGAUUGACAGGCGGAUCAGAGAGCUGUUUGUCCGCUCAGAGAUCCUCCCACUAGAGACGCCAGCCUUCGCCAUCAGAGAACAAGGCUUCAGAGCCAUCAUCAUCUCUGGCGGUCCUAACUCUGUGUAUGCUGAGGAUGCCCCCUGGUUUGACCCUGCCAUAUUCACCAUUGGAAAGCCUGUCCUGGGUAUCUGCUAUGGAAUGCAGAUGAUGAAUAAGGUUUUUGGAGGGACAGUACACAGGAAGAGUGUGAGAGAGGAUGGAGUGUUCAACAUCGGACUGGACAACACCUGCUCUCUCUUCAGGGGCCUGCAGAAAGAGGAGCCGGUGCUGUUGACUCAUGGGGACAGUGUGGACAAGGUGGCCGAUGGCUUCAAGGUGGUGGCCCAGUCAGGGAGCAUCAUUGCAGGUAUUGCCAACGAGCAGAAGAAACUGUACGGGACCCAGUUUCACCCGGAAGUGGACCUGACAGAGCGGGGCACAGAGAUAUUACGUAACUUCCUGUUUGAAAUCGCCGGCUGCACUUCCAACUUCACCGUCCAGAACCGCCAGCAGUCCUGCAUCACAGAGAUCCAGGAGAAAGUUGGCAAGUCCAAAGUACUGGUUCUGCUGAGUGGAGGGGUGGACUCCACCGUGUGCACGGCCCUGCUGAACAAAGCUCUGAACAAGGAGCAGGUGAUCGCGGUGCACAUCGACAAUGGCUUCAUGAGGAAACGAGAGAGUCAGAGCGUUGAGGAGGCCCUCACCAAACUGGGCAUCAACCUCAAAGUGGUGAACGCAGCGCACACUUUCUAUAACGGUACGACAACCCUGCCCAUCUCCGACGAAGACCGGACGCCACGGAAACGCAUCAGCAAGACCCUCAACAUGACCACCAACCCUGAGGAGAAGAGGAAGAUCAUCGGAGACACCUUCGUCAAGGUGGCCAAUGAGGUGAUAGGGGAGAUGAACCUGAAGCCGGAGGAGGUGUUCCUAGCCCAGGGCACCCUGAGGCCAGACCUCAUAGAGAGUGCUUCUCACCUUGCCAGCGGCAAGGCAGAGGUCAUCAAAACACACCACAACGACACAGAGCUCAUCCGCAAGCUCAGAGACGAGGGAAAAGUCAUUGAGCCGCUGAAGGACUUCCAUAAGGAUGAGGUUCGGGCACUGGGCAGAGAACUGGGACUGCCAGAGGACAUUGUCUGUCGACACCCUUUCCCUGGUCCUGGCCUGGCCAUCAGAGUGAUCUGUGCAGACGAGCCCUACAUCUGUAAGGACUUUGCUGAGACAAACAACAUCCUCAAGAUCAUCACAGACUUCUCCGCCAUGGUCAAAAAGCCCCACACGUUGCUGCAGAGAGUGAAGUCGUGUAUAUCAGACGAGGAGGAGGAGAAACUCCUGCAGAUCACAAGUAUACAUUCACUCAAUGCCUUCCUGCUGCCAAUCAAGACCGUGGGAGUCCAGGGUGAUUGUCGGUCCUAUAGCUAUGUGUGUGGGGUCACCAGUAAAGAGGCUCCACACUGGGAAUCCCUCAUGUUCCUGGCCAGACUCAUCCCUCGCAUGUGCCACACCAUCAACAGAGUUGUGUAUGUAUUUGGGUCCCACGUGAAGGAGCCCCCUACAGACGUCACCCCCACCUUCCUGACCACGGGCGUUCUCAGCACACUCAGACAGGCGGACUUCGUGGCCCACUCCAUCCUUAGAGAGUCUGGUUACUCUGGGAAGAUCAGUCAGAUGCCUGUCAUCCUGACCCCGCUGCACUUCGACCGCGAUUCCUCACAGAGGCAGCCGUCCUGUCGGCGCUCUGUGGUCGUCAGAACUUUCAUCACCAGCGACUUCAUGACCGGGAUACCCGCCACGCCCGGAAACCACAUCCCCGAGGAGGUGGUGCUGAAGAUGGUGAAUGAGAUCAAGAAGAUCCCUGGCAUCUCCCGGGUGAUGUUCGACCUGACCUCCAAACCUCCCGGUACCACAGAGUGGGAGUAGAGCUCAUGGAGAGAGAGAAGGGAGGUGUGGUGAGCUCCUCCUCCUCCUUUCUUUCCCUCUCCUAACACCCCCCCCUCCCAAUCUCACCCCUCCUCUCC